UAAAGGCGCGUGGGAGCGAAGCAUGGCGCUGUACGCGACCGCGGCGUCUGUGCUGGCGGGCGUGGAAAGCCGCCGGGGCUCCAUCAAGGGGCUGGUGUACGCCAGCAGCUUCCAGAACGUGAAGCAGCUGUACGCGCUCGUGUGCGAGACGCAGCGCUACUCCGCCGUGCUGGACGCCGUGAUCGCCAGCGCCGGCCUCCUCCGCGCCGAGAAGAAGCUGCGGCCGCACCUGGCCAAGGUGCUAGUGUAUGAGUUGUUGCUGGGGAAAGGCUUCAGAGGGGGCGGGGGCCGAUGGAAACCUUUGCUGGACCGGCACCAGGCAAGGCUGAAGGCUGAGUUGGCCCGGCUCAAGGUUCAGCGCCGUGUGAGCCGCAACGAGGACCUGUUGCAAGUAGGAUCCAGGCCUGGCACAGCCUCCCAGGUGCCUCGAUUUGUGCGGGUGAACACUCUCAAGACCAGCCUUGAUGAUGCAGUUGAUUACUUCAAGAGACAAGGUUUCUCCUAUCAGGGUCGGGCUUCCAGCCUCGAGGACGCGAGGGCCCUCCGAGGCAGGUGCUUUCUUCUGGAUCCCUUGUUGCCAGAGCUGCUGGUGUUUCCGGCCCAGAUGGAUCUGCACGACCACCCACUGUACCGGGCGGGUCACCUCAUCCUACAGGACAAGGCCAGCUGCCUCCCCGCUGCGCUGCUGGCCCCGCCCCCGGGCGCCCACGUCAUCGACGCCUGUGCCGCCCCCGGCAACAAGACCAGUCACUUGGCCGCUCUCCUCAAGAACCAGGGGAAGAUCUUUGCCUUUGACCUGGAUGCCGGGCGCCUGGCGUCCAUGGCUACCCUGCUGGCCCGGGCUGGGGUCUCGUGCUGCGAGCUGGCGGAGGAAGACUUCCUGGCGGUCUCACCCUCUGACCAGCGCUACCGUCAGGUCCAGUACAUCUUACUGGAUCCUUCUUGUAGCGGCUCAGGAAUGCCAGCCAGACAGCUGGAGGAGCCCGGGGCAGGCACCCCGAGCAAGGCACGCCUGCAGGCCCUGGCUGGGUUCCAGCAGCGAGCACUGCGCCACGCGCUCACCUUCCCCUCCCUGCAGCGUCUGGUCUACUCCACGUGCUCCCUCUGCCAGGAGGAGAAUGAAGAUGUGGUGUGUGACGCCCUGCAGCAGAACCCAGGGACCUUCAGGCUAGUUCCCGUCCUACCCUCCUGGCCCCACCGAGGCCUCGGCACUUUCCCCGGGGCUGAACACUGCCUCCGGGCUUCCCCCGAGACCACGCUCACUGGUGGCUUCUUUGUUGCCGUUCUGGAAAGAGUAGAGGUGCCAAGGUGA